CGCUCUUCAACCCACGUACCCUCUUCCAAUCCUCCCCUCCGCUCCUCUGCAGCCCACAUACAUAGCGUCAUCAACUCUGCGUGCAGCGUGCUAUUACCUCCAGUUCGCAUUCCUCUUCGCAGAUCACACCGCCACUUUAGGCUCAAUCCGUCGCGUCAUACGUAAAGACCGUCCGCGUUGAUGUACAGAGAGGUGCUUGGUCAGGAUGUUGAUCUCCGGGUCUAUCACUCACCUCUCGACUUCAACAUGAAUCCUGCGUGAGCAUGCCAUAUCAAGGCCGUUCAUAUGCAACGUUUCGCAUACUUCCCUCCCACCCUCUGUUCCGCUUCCGCUUCUUAGCAGCCACCUAUGUAGCCAUUCCUCACACCGACGCUUUCCUCAUAUGUGGUAUGUCGGGAAGAAGGACCGUGACCAUCCGCGCUGUACAGAGACUUCGGGUCAGCCUCUCAACAUCAACACGAGCCCUGUCAGCCUCGCUUUACUAUCCCAAAACCACAGUUCUUCCGCAAAACAUAUGCAUUACCUACUAUGAAAACUACAAGUCAUUCAAAUUACGCGCGGUGACUAUCCCAAGGUGCACAAGUCUGAAGACGAACCAGUCCUUGCCACCACAACAUCUCUCUCCACACAAGCCUUAUCUCCUCCACGCCACAUGUGCACGGAUUCGAGGAACCGUGGGGAGUAUGUGUGGGUAUCAGACUUGCGCCCAACGUCGAUUCCCAGAAGCAGAACCUUGAUGGUAGGAACUAAGUCCUCUCCCAAGCUGUUUAGAGCUUGACCUACUUUUACUUGGCUGGUUGUCGUUGUCCUCUGAACAAGGACAUCGUGACGAAUUCUAGAGUAGGACAUUGCUGGCAGGGCAUGA